AUGCAGAUAUACUGUUCAGCACCAAGGACAAGAAUAUGUCAACUCAUUCCCUGCUUUUCUCAGGUCUAAAGCAUUGCUAUUGUUGACUGAUUGACACACUUCUGAGGCCAGUCUUACCAAAAUUAUUUGUUUUCCAUACUAGGCCACACCAGUUUGAUUUCUUAGUCCUUACCUUGGAUUAAAAAGAUUAUGUAUCAAGGUCAACAUGAAAGUAGAGUCUGAGGGGAAGGUCUAUAAUUAAUGAUACACAAAGUUUCAGAGAGGAAAAAUAUUUGUAGAUGUAUUUAGAUUUUGUAUUUAGAUCAUAGUUUUCCUCUGUCAUUUGUUUUCAUCUUGGCUUUGCUUCAUAUUGUUUCACCUCAGAUGUCUGAAAACCAAGAGAUGCAUUGGUAUGGCCGAAUCUCAAUUUUUGCAGGAAUGUUUCAACAUAAGUUGUGUCGUGAGUUCCAUGCAGAUAUACAUACAGAUGUGUUUGAAAGAAAAAUUGGUUAGUGACCUGGACAUUAUACAAUUUGCACAGCAGCCAAAAAAUAAUAAUUGGUUUGUCCUCUGUUUAAAGGUGGGAAAACAGGUUUACUGUAUAAUUGUAAGUUACAACUCUGGUGGAAUAUUUCAUUUACUGGGUCAAAGGGGGCAAACUGUAAACCUUAGUUUUAAACCCAACUCCUUCCUUUGAAUGUCUCAGACACAUGUAUCAUUUCAUGAUUAAUUUCACACAUCUCAUAGAGCAAACUUGGUGGUGGUAAUUGUAACAUUUUGGUCAGUCCCUCAACCCCCAUUAUGUUAAUGGUAAGUCCUACACAGAGGUUAAGGAGCAAGUGUAGUUUGUUACAGGCAACGUGACUAGAAACUAGUUGCCCAUGUAAGCAGCAGUUGUGAUGCUGUUUGACUAUCAAGAUGUGCAAAAUAUGUAAAAAGAAUGCAAAAUGGAGCAUGUAUCUGUCGUGGACUCUGCAAGUAGUUUGCUGUCAACGACCCAUGAAACGAGCGCCAUUGUUGUGAAACUGUUGACCUUUUGAAACAUGACAACAACAGGGAGCUUGAGUAUGGAAGGCACAGAUGAAGUUGUCAUACUUAUAGCAGGGGGCAGGAAGUUUCCUGCCAACAAGGCCUCGCUCAUCGCCAGCAGUGACUACUUCAAGGCCAUGUUUUCCAGUGGAAUGAGGGAGACGUCACAGGAGGAGGUAAAUAUUCAUGGAGUGACGUCAUGUGGACUGGAAAAAGCCCUCCAAUUCAUAACCAAGACCAAACUGGACUUGUCUUUGGACACAAUACGGGAAAUUCUGUCCACUGCCUCCUACCUGCAGAUGACUGCUCUAUUACAACACUGUACCUGUCAUCUCAAGUCUAUCGUAGACAUAAAGAACUGUUUAACAGUGUAUGACCUUGGUCAGGAGUUUCACCUGGAUGAUGUGUGCAUCUGUGUUGAACCCGUCUUGAAACAGAGUUUUACCAACAUCUUAGGUUCAGAAGUUCUUGUCGACAUUCCCUUCAAGUUGUUGCUGUCCAUAUUGAGCAGUGAUGAAUUGCUGGUUGCUGAAAAGGAUGUGUUCAACGCGGCCUGCAAUUGGCUGUAUCAUGACCGCGAGGGUCGCAUGCACCAAUCAGAUGAUAUUCUACAAGCUGUCCGUUUUCCGCUGAUGACGGCAUCAAUGUUAGACAGAAUCAGAAGGUCUCCUGUAUCCCGUGACUACCCUAACUGUGUGGCCUUACUGACGGAGGCAUCAGACUAUCACGCAGAUGUCAACGGUCAGCCACUGCGGCAAAGUCCGCAGACGGUUCCCAGAGGAGCCACGUCACACGUCCUGGUAGCAGGAGGGUUAACCUGGGAACUAUCCCAUGAUGCCUACAGUAAUAUACUCUGCUAUAACAUAGAAGCAAAGAACACUUCAAGCUGGGAGGUGCUUACCAAUAUGCCAGGAGAUAUUGCACGCUCUGGACACUCCGUGGCAGUAGUUGGAAACUUCCUGUUCCUUGCUGGUGGGUUAGGUGGGCAGUCACUGGAAAUCUUGAACACCGCACAUCGUUACAACCCACGCACGAACCACUGGCUGGAACUGUCCAACAUGGAACAGUCACGGAUGCAGUUCUGCCUCAUCCCGCUAGGCAACAGCAUCUAUGCAGUGGGAGGACUCAACAUGCAAUGGAGAUUGGACAGUGUGGAGCGGUUCGACAUCCAGAAGAACAGUUGGAGUGACUGCAGCCGUCUGCGGCAGCCCUGCAGUGGCCACGCUGCGGCAGUCUGCAGCGGUCGCCUGUACGUGUGCGGGGGAGUCAGUUCUGCCGGGGGUGUGCACGACCUGGGCGCCUUCUUAUCACAGAUGGUGUGCUACGACCCUGAGGGAGACAGCUGGACACUGAAGUCACCGAUGGCCAUUGGGAGAGCUUUCCAUGCAAUGGCUAGUGUUAAUGGUGCUAUUUAUAUUGCAGGCGGAGGAAAUGCACUGCUCCGGGGGACCUUACUGGACGUGUCUGCCAUCGAAAAGUACGACCCAGCCACUGACCAAUGGAGCAUGGUCAACUCUAUGGCCACGCCCAGAUGUUACAUGGGCGUGGCGACCACACCCACCAAGAUUUUCCUCCUGGGUGGACAGAGUACGUGGGAGGGGCUAUCCCAGACUGUGGACAGGUAUAGACCCCAGGAAAACCAGCUGGGGGAAGCAGAGGACAUGCGGCUGCCAGAGCCGGUAUAUGAGGCUGAAUGCUGUGUCCUGGUACUUUCCUUGAUAAACAGAACGAGGGUGAAGUUUGGUAAAACACAAAGAUUAUGAAAACACGGUCCAUUUUGGAACCCUAAAUGGUUGAUCAGAUGGUACUGAAAUACUAGAAAUGUUGAUUAGAGGUAUAACCUUGAAUGGGAACUAAAAUUCACUACUUUGUGCAAUCCAGAAGUGGCAUUGUUAAACAUUGCACACUGUAUGUCAUAUUUCCCGGAUAUAAGACUCUGGGUGCCGUGGACAGGUUUCAGUAUGACAGAUAAUGCACCUACAGUUAAUUGGCAUUUAAGUAUACCAAAAAUAUGAUGCUGGGUAUCUUUAUUUCAAUCUAUACCAAUUCAACAUGUAGUCAUCAUGUCCAAGAACUUGUCUAACAUUGUGCGUUAAGUACAUUGUCAUAUGAAUGAUAUUAGUUAUGUUUUUUAAGUUAAGUUAAGUUUGUCAGGAUAAUGCAACUAUUGAAUUUUUACAACGUAUAUAAUAUUGAAUUGUUAUUUCAGGCACUAUAAUAUAAAACCUUAAUAUAUGAUUUACAUGUAACAUUACUGAUUUCUGCUUCAUUAGCCCUUACAAUUUAUGCUGGAUUGUAUUGAAGUCAUAAAAUAUCGCGUUUAUUUCUUAGCUAGUAUCUAAUGCUGAAACGUUGCACUGACUAGUUGGUAAAGUACCAAAUCGCAGUUUUCCAGCAAAUUGGUAAUCUACAAGAAAAAUUGGUUACCGGUUACCAGUUAUGUGAUAAAAUUAUAACAAUAUAUAAAUAUUUAGGCAUACCUUGUGGCUAUGUGCCCACAAUGCAAGUAUUUGUCUACUGAAAAUAUAUCACCACAAUAAAAUUCCAAUGAACAAAGUUGAUAUUAAAAUAACUUAAAUCAACUAGUAUUCACCUAUGGCUAUAGAAUAAAACAAUGUUUGGAAUUUUCUACGUUUGUCAACCUCCAAUUUGCUAAUCUUCAGGAAAAGUCAUUACACUUGUUUUGUU